AGCAGAGUAUCCAAAUACCAACUAAAAAUAUUGUAUGUUUGAAUACCUAACGAUUUGUGUAUCUGAGUACUCCGUAUGUACUCCGUAUCAUGAAUUCGUGAUGGAGCCUCGGACAGUUAACUCCGACAUGGUUUGUCCUGUUUGGCGGGUUUUACUCUUGUCCUCACUCUCUAGCUUUCAUAUCCACAUACCCAACAAUAGCUCGGAACUCACCACCUCCCCGGCCUUUUCGAUCCAUACAAUACCCCGAGACUCGCAUCAACACAGAUGACCUUGCAAGCUGCGCAGAGGCGCAUUGGCGUCCCACGCCUGCCACUCUUCCGUGGCCGAGUUCUACCUCAUCGUCGUAACCUGAUCCCUGCCCCGAGCGCCAACUCGGGCCCUCUGCUGGAACGACGGGCGGACAGAGAGCUUCCCUCCAUCAAAACUGAACGCCGUUGGCUGCGCACGCUACCCCUUUUCGCGGUAGCUGUGGGCGCCGCAAUGUUCGGUAUCUUCAACUACCAAAAGUCGUCCUCGAGUGUGGUCAGCAGUACGUUGUACGCUCUACGGAACUCUCCCCGUGCGCGCGAGAUAUUGGGAGACGAGAUCUACUUUGCGCAGCAGAUGCCUUGGAUCAGUGGGGAGAUGAAUCAGUUGCAUGGGCGCAUUGAUAUAUCUUUUUGGGUCAAGGGGACAAAGUCCCAGGGCAAAAUGAGGUUUCGAAGCAUCAGACCGGACCGUAUGAGUUAUUUCCGCACUGAAGUGUGGAGUUUAGAGACAGAGGAUGGAAAGCUGGUCCAGCUUCUUGAGGGGGGUAGUGAUCCGUUUCGCCAGACAGAUUGAACGAGUAUUUGGAGUGCAAACAUCCAGGCCCAUCAAGAGUGCCUUGUGAUAUCUACAGAUUUGUACAGCUCUAAACAUACUUUCUUAUUAUUAUCAUUUCGCAUUGGAUUGGCGUUUUGGUUGGGGGGUGGUCUGGCUGGUAUUUCUUCACUAAUAAGAAAAAAAGAAAUAGUAACAGAAGGGGGUGCAUGGGAGAUGUAUAGGGGAUUGGAUGGGAACGAAACAGAAUAUCAUUUAUGUAUCAUAUACAGACGCCGCUCUAAGUAAAAAGUAUUGUAAUAGUAGUACAUUCAUCGAAACACUCUAGCCUUAUCAAUUAUGCAGCCAAUUCAAGUUGACGUUGGCAUUUCAGGCCAGGGCUUCUUGAUCGCAUCUUGUAUUCUAACCAUGCAUCCCU